CGCUAUCUGCGGCUGCGUGCGCCGCGCCGCCCCGCUCGGCUCCACUCCGCUCCCUCCUCCUUCUCCUCCUCCUCCUCCCCCCUCGGUCCUCCCGUGUGUGUUUACAAGUGUUUGAACGAGUGCCAGAAACGAGGAAAGAAGGAGGAUAAAGCCCAGGAAGGAGGGAUGGUGGAUAAUUCCAGCAGUAGUAAGGCGCAAAUGCCCAGCAUGUCUCAGGAGCCCGGCGUGGCCUUCCCUCAAAGCACCUCCACUGGGGGAAUGAAGCUGGAGGCCGUCAUGGAGCAGCUCCAGCGCCAGCAGCAGGCCCGCCUGGAAAUGGAGCGCAAGGAGAGGAAGCUACGAGAGGCCCACAUCAUGUACGCCCAGCAGGUCGCUGCUCAGCAAGCCAUCCUGGCGGCCGCCCGGGCCUCCGGGGCCGGCUUUAUGGGCAAGGCCCUGGCCGGGGGCAUCCCCAGCGGCGGAGGGCUUCCCCCACGCGUGUCCAAUCAGAGCAGCGUCGACUCGGAAAGGGAGGACGACGAGGACAGAGGGCGAGACUCCGGCGACGAGGACGACGACACCGAGAUGAUGGAGGGAGACGAGGGGAGCGACGAGGACGAGGGGAGCGCCAGCGGCCUGGAGUUCCUCCGCAAGCAGACCCUGGCCCUGCAGCAGAACGCCUCCCGCAUCCCGCCGCGUCCGUUUGGCAGCUACGCCGCGUCGGCCCCACAGAGGGCCGCCUCGCCGCCCAUCAGAGUGAAGCAGGAACCGGACGAGGGCCUGUCUCCUGCGGGGCCGAACUCUGCUACCUCCCCCAACGGACAGGCCGACUGGAGCUUUGACGAUCACUUCAGACAGAAUGGCAGCGCAGGAUGGGCUGAUGAGGCCGACAGUAGCAGAGGAAGAGGAGAGGCCUCCAGAGACUUCGCUAAGCUGUACGAGCUGGACAAUGACCCCAAAAGGAAAGAGUUCCUGGAUGAUCUUUUUACCUUCAUGCAGAAAAGAGGAACCCCAGUCAAUCGUAUUCCUAUCAUGGCCAAGCAGGUGCUGGAUCUCUACAUGCUGUACAAGCUGGUGACAGAGAAGGGAGGCCUCGUGGAGGUUAUCAACAAGAAGAUCUGGAGAGAAAUCACAAAGGGACUCAACCUGCCUACCUCCAUCACCAGUGCAGCUUUCACUCUGCGCACACAGUACAUGAAAUACCUGUACCCGUACGAGUGCGAGAGGAAAGGCCUCAGCUCCCCGGGUGAGCUUCAGGCAGCCAUCGACAGCAACCGGCGCGAGGGCCGUCGCCCGAGCUACAGCAGCAGCCUCUUCCGCUUCUCUCCGUCUCCCAGCACAGCUCCUCACAUCCUCUCCCCUCCCAAGAUGCACCUCUCAGCUCUGGGUGCUGGAACCUCAGUGGCCCUCAAUGGCCUGCAGGCCUCCCCGGGACCUUCUCUGAAGAAAGAUGACCUGACCCCUUCAAUCAUGGCAGCGAGACCCUCCAUGGCCUUGACCCUGGGUCAGCAGCAGGUGGCUGGUUUGGCGAGAGCCGCCACGCUGGAGCAGCUCCGAGAAAAGCUGGAGACCAGCGGCGGAGCAGAGGGACCGGAGAGGAAGAUGGCUCGCCUGGCAGAAGAGCAGCAGCGCCUCAUGCAGCAGGCUUUCCAACACAACCUGCUGGCCAUGGCCUCCCAAAUGCCCAUGAACCUGCGCCUGGGAGCCCCUGCCAUCACCACCAGGGAUGAGAAGCAGCAGGACAUGUCUCUGAGCAUCUCAACCAAUGGAAAUGCCAGCAUCACUGUCUCAGUGGAGGUCAAUGGCACGAUCUACUCAGGAACCCUGUUUGCCCAGAAGUCUGGUGGGGCUGCGGGGCCCGCCGUUUCAGCAGCUGCCGCUGCUUCGGCCUCCCCCGCUGGAACCAGCACCAGCUUUGGCUUCUCGGCGCCCCCAGCUCAGACCCUCAGCCCCGCGUCCUCCUCCUCCUCCUCCAAGGGCCCCGGCUCGGCUGAGCCGGCCCCCAGCGGGUCGCCCUAACUCAGGCCGCCGCGCUCGUACCUGCUCCCUGAGGCCCCUCCCGUUCCUCUGAGAGGCCCGGCAUAAAUAUUCAGUACAAUGAGAAUAAGAAACUGUUGCACAACAAUUACCUCAUCAACCCUGUCAACCUCUUGGCUGUCCAAUCAAGAACACAGAGCCUGAGAAUAUUUUACAACACGCACUGCUAUGCAUUUAACACACAAACACACACACACACACACACACACACACACACACACACACACACACACACACACACAUACACAUACACGAAAACACACUUGUUAAUCUUCAUCCACAUGCUAAACACA